AUGGCAACAACUCCAAGAAAAAAGAGGUUUUCUUUAUUCGGAACUCAACAAAAUAAUUCCAUAAAUACUGGAUCAUCACUUCUCACAAAUUAUUUUCCUAAUACCACUUCUAUCCGAGACGAUAAAUUUUUAACAUCAGAUGAUAUUAAAAAAUCCAUAGAAAUUUUCGAAAGAAUAGUUUUAUCAGCAAAUGAUUAUUGCGAUUCCAUCGAUAAAUUAGGUAAAACUUCAAAGACAUUUAGUAAAGCGCUUAAAGAAUAUGGAAAUAUUAAAGGAAUGGAUACAUCACACGUAACAUCGUUCCAAGCGACAUCCCAAUUUUUUGAAAUUUAUGCUGAAAUACAAUCAAAAUUAAAAGAAGAAAGAGCGCAUAAUGAUUAUAUUUCUGAUUUGGAUAGACAAUUAAACAAGGUCACAUUGGAAUACGAAAAGAAAACGAAAAAAAAUAUCCCCGAUUCAUAUGAUAAAUAUAUAAAUUCCGUGACAUUAGUCAAUUCUGACACUGCGCGAGCGCGUGCAGAAUACGUGACACAAAUUUCGAAAAGAGAGAGAAACACGCAUGACAUCAUUGCACAAAUUAUUUGUCGAAUUAUAGAGAAUCAAAAUAAUUCAUUUAAUGAUUCUAAUAAAAGAUGUGGACCAAGUGUAACAAAAAUAAAUGAAACUUUACCUUUAGUAGGA